AUGAUUCAUAGCAACAAUAUCGAUACCAACAACCACAACAAUACCAACGCUUAUGCAGCAUCAUCUGCUCAGCACUUUAUUGCUGCGCCUGUGAACACUGCCGAGGCACACCAUCACCACCAACAACAGCAACACCAACAACAGAAGCAGACUAAGAAUACCAGGAACAACAACAGCUAUAGUGAUACCGCAGCAGCUUAUGGCGUCAAUGGCAACACAGAGGCCGCAUCGAGGAUGGUUGCUGAAGCGAACCAGCAGAAAAACAUGAUGCCGACCUAUCCAGGAUUAGAGCGCUUCACGCUUCUGGAAAAGAUGGGAGAUGGUGCUUUCAGCAACGUGUUCAAGGCCCAUGACACCAAGACUGAUCGCGUGGUUGCUAUCAAGGUUGUCCGCAAGUUUGACAUGAAUGCCCACCAGAACAAACAUCUGCAUCGCGACAUGAAAAAGAAGCCGCGUGUGACCGAGAGGGCCAACAUUUUGAAGGAAGUUCAGAUCAUGCGUCAGCUGAACCAUCCAGGAAUCGUCGAGCUUUACGACUUUUCUGAGUCAGACGAAUACUACUUUCUCGUAUUGGAGUUGGCAACGGGCGGCGAACUCUUCCAUCGCAUUGUCAAGCUGACAUACUUUUCAGAGGAUCUGGCGCGGCAUGUCAUUGUCCAGGUCGCACAGGCGAUCCGCUACUUGCAUGAGGAAAAGGGUGUCAUCCAUCGUGACAUCAAGCCCGAGAACAUCUUGUUCGAGCCCAUUCCUAUCAUCCCCUCUCCUCCCGGUUACAAGCCUGAUGAGGAUAAGGAGGACGAGGGUAUCUUCCAACCUGGUAUUGGCGGAGGCGGCAUUGGACGAGUCAAAAUUGCAGAUUUCGGAUUGUCGAAGGUUGUUUGGGACGAGCACACAAUGACGCCCUGCGGUACUGUUGGAUACACCGCUCCGGAGAUUGUAAAGGAUGAGAGGUACUCAAAGUCGGUCGAUAUGUGGGCGCUUGGUUGUGUGUUGUACACACUGCUGGUUGGCUUCCCUCCAUUCUACGAUGAAAGUAUCCAGGCAUUAACGGAGAAGGUCGCGCGCGGUCAGUUCACAUUCCUGAGUCCCUGGUGGGAUGAAAUCUCUUCUGAAGUCAAGGAUCUCAUCUCACAUUUAUUGUGCGUGAACCCCCAUGAGCGAUACACGAUCGAUCAAUUCUUGGCCCAUCCCUGGAUCAAGGCUGGUGAGCAGCCCAUGGCCAAGGACGCUGUCAAGAGCACGAUUCCAGAGAUUUCAGUUGCCUCGCCUAUGUUUGCAGAGAACAAGAUCCUGGCUGGAAAUCCGUUGUCUCCGGGUGUUGGUCUUAAGGAGGUCUUUGAUGUGUCGAAUGCGGUUCAUCGUAUGGGUGAGGAGUCGCGUCGUCGACACACGCCACAACCCGGGGGACACCAGUCAUUGGAAACACGCCAGCGCCAGGCAUUUAUGACACAGUUGAAUGAGGAGGACGAGGAGGGCGAGCAUUCGGAUGAGUCUGGAUCCGGGUCGAAUAUGAGCGAGGAUGAAGUUAUUGCAGCUAGUAUGGAUGGAGUGCGAAUCAAUGGACAGGAGCAAAAGCAGGACAUGGGCGUCCUUCACAGACAGCAGAAGGAGUACCAACGUGCACAAGAGCAGAUUGCGGCAGAGAAUCACAGCAAGUACUUAAGGCAGCAGCAGCAGGCAGGCGUGGCGGUUCCAUCGCACCACAUAUCAUCCUCGUCAAAAUCAGGAGGAUAUUCGUCUGGAACUCGGUCCGGUAAUACGACGAGUACAAGUACGUCAACAUCGACAACGAGUUCGUCCGCCAGCAGACGCCGCAGAGCGGGUUUCCAGCUGAAUAUGAACCAGGCUACGCUGUUAAAGCGUCGUGCGAAGCAGAGCCAGGUGCAGCCACAGCCAUAUCAUCUUCCACCGACGGUGGAAUGCCAGGACCAGCGGAUGAGUCAACCCUCUGCCGUGGCUGUUUAA